AUGGCCACCACCGACACCCGUCGCCCAGGCCUCGACCACCCUCCCGCCGACGACGCCGCGUCGCAGGCGCACCGCGACAUGACGCGCCUUCGCAUCAAGAUCGCCCAUCGCAUCGCCAGCCUGAGGCUCCUCCAGUCCGAGCCGAAGGUCGCAGCCGCCUCGCCCGCCGAGGCGGAGGACUCGACCGCUCGACUGCCCGGCAACGAGGGGCUCACCAGCGGGAUCGGGCUCGAAGACCACCGCCGCCACCUACGCCGCGAGGACGACGACGAGGAGGAGGAGGACGACGACGCCGAUUCGCAGGGCGGCGUCCACAAACUCGAACCCCACCUGCGUUCGUGGUGGCGAGACCUCGUGAAGCUCGCUAGGGCCUUCCCCGAGCAGGCGUGUUCCUCCCGACGGGACGCGGUGAGCGUCCUCUAUCUCGCGCAGAUGGCCGCGGUCGACAAGGUUCGCGCGGCGGAGACGUACACGCGCCGGGUGCGGGCGGAGAGGGACGAGAUCCGCGCCCGGCGACGCCCCGGCGCGGGGGCGGACCCACCCGAGGGCGGGGAACGAAGCCUCGAGCUGUUCAAAACCCCCGACUGGAAAAAAGCCAAAACCUCCUCCUCCUCCUCCUCCUCCUCCUCCUCCUCCUCCUCGUCGUCGUCGUCCUCGUCGUCCUCGUCGUCCUCGUCGGGCGAGGACGAGGACGACUUCACCCGGGACGACGAUCGUCGGCUCCCCGGAUCGUCGAAGCCGCCGUCGUCGCGCUCGAUCAGGCAACGAGCGACCUGA